CAUACACUACCCCCUUUCACAGUUGUACCACCUCUCUCUGGUCCCUGGUCCUCCACCCUCAGUAGAAGCUGCUGUAUUUCCUGUAGCUCUUUGUCUAAGGGAAAUGCUAAAAUAAGCACUGGAGUGCCUGGAUACAAGCACAUCUCUUUCCCACCACUUUGUUGCUCUACUCUGAAGCAACCAGCUUUCCUGGUUGUUUUUGGCUGUUAGAGAAGAACUGUGCCAUGGAUAUAAAGAUUUCAUACUUCCUCUUUUCCUGUGUUCUGAUAUGGACAGGUAGUGAUGGGAAUUCUAAUGAAACUAGUCCUUCACCACCCAACAGUGUCACUACAGCUGCGAAUGAUAUUGAUCCUUUACCAAAUGCUUCGAGUACCAGUUCACCUACGACAUUACAUUCUAUAAAUACCGUAACAGGUAUUCUGGAAGGUGGGGCUAUAACAGAAAAGCCUACAGCUACAGCUACAGCUAAACCUACAUCUACACCCUUUGUCAAUGUCACAUCAAGCCCAGAAGCAGGAAAUCAGACUGGGAAUUCAUCAACUGGAAUGGAAAAUAGUAAUUCUACCACCACCAAACAGACAAGUCUGCCAAAAGAUUCAUCUACCAGGAGUCCUGUUUCAGUAACAACACAAAAACCCAAAUCAACAUCAACACCAAAUCAUCCUGGUUCCAGUGGAAAUCUCAAUGAUGAUCAAAAACCUAAAGAAAAUUCAGAAAAGAAAUAUCUUUGGAUUUUGUUGCCUGUCCUAUGUGUUCUGCUGGCAGCAGCGAUAUAUUUGAAAUCCAAGUGCAAAAAAGUCCAGCAUCGACCUGAGAUGACUGACAAUGGAACAGAAAAUGCUUCUUUCCAGAGGACAGACAGUAACAAAGAUGGUGUUAUGCUGUUAGGAGUGAGUAAGACGUCAGGUGGCGAGGACAAUGCUUCAGCAAUAUGAAUAGCAAAGAAUACUGCAAAAAAAAAAUCUGAAGCGGCAUAUUGUUAGCCAUGGAUUUACAAACACUGUUACUCCUCUUAGAAAUCAACAACCAAUGAGGACAGAGGAAGUGAUGAAGACCUGGUGAUACAUUUAUAGACGGAAGAAAGGAAACAGCGAGUAUUUCUGUUUAAAGGAAACAAAUGUUCAGAUACACUAACAGACUUUUAAAUUUUAAUUCUUCACUAUUGUUUAUCCUAGCAUAAUUUUAAGCGACAGUAGUGUGGAAUUUAAGUGGAAAGACUGAGUUCCCUUUGUAACAGCUUUUCAACUUGUGAUAUACUUGAGCAUAAUGUAUUUUUUGGCUGUAUUAACUAGUUUGUCAUGAUGACUGCCUUUAUUUUAUUCGUUCACAUCAGCUAUGUUAUUUGGCGCGUUUUUAAAUGGUUUUCUUUACAGCAAAAAGCGUUUUUUAUUUUUAUACUAUUUUGUAGUAGAUUUUUCUUCGUUUUCAAAUGUUCAGCAAGUCAAAUAAAUUGAUGGUGUAGCUACUAUAUAAGAUGCUAUUAAAUAUAUGCUGUAUUAACCAUUACUGCACAUGUUUUCAUCUGUUUCAUGAAAUUGACAGGCUGAAUUGUUAAGAGAAUAAACUAUUUGUCUUUUUUGUUUUUACUUGUUCGUAUGCACUGUUAUAGAUAUAGUUUUGAUCUUUAAAGUCAUUUAUAGAGAUUCAUCUUUGUAUUAUCUGUCUAUGUGUGUGUUUAAGUGACAGCUUGAAAAUAUUCCUUCUCUGUGUUUUUUAAUCAUGAGUCAUUAAGAGGAUAGUUCACCCAGAAAUAAACAUUUUGUUAAUAUUUACACA